AUGUCAUUAACUACUAGUACUAGUGGCGGUGAUAGUAGUAGUAAUCUAACAUUUGAAACGCUCGAGACUAAUCCUCGUGGAAUUCCUAAAAUCCAAUUUGUGGAAAAUGUCGAAGAAUUUAUGUCAAAGCCUUCUACAUCUACUGAAGUUAUAUUAGCUAAAUUACAAGAAACUGUAUCUAAAUAUAAAUUUAUGGAAAUAAAUUAUAUUAAUAAAAAACAAGGAUUGGAAUUAAGAAUACUUGAAAUUAAGAAAACUCUUGAAACAAAUUCUGAUGAAUCAAUGGAAACCACAUUUGAAUUAAAUGACACUUUAUGGGUACCGGCAAAAGCAAAUGUAAUGCUCGAGUAUUCAUUGCAAGAAGCAAAAGAACUUAUAAAAAGUAAAUUAUCAACAGCAGAAAAUUCUUUAAAAAAUUUAUCGGAAGAUUUAGAGUUUCUUAGAGAACAAGUUACCACAAUUGAAGUCAAUACUGCACGUAUAUAUAAUUGGGAUGUUAAAAAACGUAGAUUGGCAAAAUCUGGCA